CCGACCUCGAAUGUUCUACGUCAUGCGGAAUCUCCAAUCGACCUUUUCUGGUUUUUCUUCCCGAAAUAUUUGCUCCACUUAAUUGCUGACGAAAGUAACCGCUAUGCGGCGCAAACGGUGGUAACUCGCGCCCGUAAAAUCCGAGAGCGGCAAAUUGCGAGUAAAAGGCGCGGGUCUAGAGUGAAAGAGGUGGAAUCGUUGGCACAAAUACGUCAGCGCUUGCACCAGAUGAGGUUGUUUCAGCCUCAUGAGUAUGCGGUUACCUUUGGGUUACUGAUCGCUCGUAUGCUGUGCCCGCACAAGCGUCGAUUAUCGACCCAUUGGAGUACAUCAAGCAUUGGUGCUUUACCAGGCGGGUCAUUCGGGGCAUGGAUGCCUCGCAAUCGGUACGCUACAUAUGAAUGA